AUGGUGGAUUUUGGGGCCACAAACGAUGCUGGUGGUGAGGUGGUGGGGAAUUCUGUUAAUAUGGAGAGUGACCAGCAGGGAAGUUUUGUUGAAGUGAUAGCUCAACAAGGUGAGGAUGAUAAUUUGGAUCAAGAUUCUUCAGGAAGGGAAAUACUUCCUGGAGAUGAACCUUAUGUGGGUCAGGAGUUUGACUCUGAAGCUGCAGCUUACGCUUCUUAUAAGGCAUAUGUGAAGCGGGUGGGUUUCAUCAUUCGUGCAAGCAAGCUUUCUAGAUUGAAGGAUCAUAGAUCUAAAACUCGCAGGAUGUUGGUUUGUACCAGGGAGGGUUUCAGAUUGUGUGACAAGCAUGAAAGCGCUCUAGAAAACAAGGAAGAGAGAAAGGCUGGUUACAAGGCAAAACUUGUAAUGAAGAAAAUGAUUUCUAGUAAAUGGGUUGUCCAGAAAUUUAUCAAGGAGCACAAUCACACUGUGGCUCCUGUAAAGGGUCAAAGAGAUUUGAUCUAUGAUCAAUAUCUAGAUGAACAUGAAAAGAUAAGGGAACUAACCCAGUCACUGGCCUUUGAGAAGAGACGAGCAGCAGCAUAUAAAAGGUAUCUGACAAUGGUUAUUGGUUAUAUUGAGGAGUAUAAUGAGAGGAUGUCGAAGACGAUGAACAAAGCCACUCAGAAUGUGGGAGAGAUUGAAGGCAAAGAACAGGAAAAUCAUUAG